GCUGUUGGCCGCGUCACUGUGCAGCAGUCAUGUGACGCUGAGUGGAGCGCUGCAGCGGAGGACGGUGUAGGAAGCCCUUAUCUUCUGCGCUGGUUUAGAGGUUUCUGUGUGAAGUACCAGUGAGGUUCAGCGAUGCACGCCGGCGGUUUCCUGCUGUGUUUGCUGUCCGCUCUUCAGCUCGGCUCCCGGGCUCAGUACGCUCCCGAUGAGGUCACUCACCUUCCGGGCAUGACGUUCAAAACCAACUAUCGACAGUGGUCUGGAUACCUGCAGGCAGGAAAAGGGAAGUUUCUCCAUUACUGGUUUGUGACUUCUCAGAGGAAUCCGGCCAAAGACCCCCUGGUUCUCUGGCUGAACGGAGGUCCCGGCUGCAGCUCUCUGGAUGGAUUCUUGUCAGAGAACGGGCCGUUUCAUGUAAAUGAUGAUGGAGCCACUCUUUACGAGAACAAAUUCAGCUGGAACACAAUCGCCAAUGUGCUGUACCUGGAAUCCCCUGCAGGAGUGGGAUACUCCUACUCUGAUGACCACACAUAUGACACUGACGAUGAUCAGGUUGCUGAUGAUAAUUACAAAGCCCUUCAGAGUUUCUUUGUCAAGUUCCCAAACUUCACUAAGAAUGAAUUCUUCAUCUUCGGGGAGAGUUACGGAGGUGUUUAUGCUCCAACGCUAAGCCUGCGUGUGGCCACAGGAAAGGCUAAGAUCAACUUCAAGGGCUUUGCAGUGGGAAAUAGUCUCAGCAGCUUUGCUCUGAAUGACCAAUCUUUGAUCUACUUUGGUUAUUACCAUGGCCUGUUUGGAGAGGAUUUGUGGCGUGAUCUGAACGGAAACUGCUGUGACGAAGGAAACUGUAACUUUUACAACAGUACUUCUGAGACCUGCAAGACGCUGGUGAACGUGGCCUUUGGUAUCGUGUAUGAAAGUGGACUCAAUGAGUAUGCCCUGUACCUGGACUGUGAGGGCCGUAGAGCAUACCACCGAGGAUAUGAAAAGGCUAUGAGUCAUCUGUUCAGGAACUACAGGAAAAGCCUGCAUAGCUACAAGCUUUUAGAUGCUAGGAUGUCUUCUAUGUCUCUGGGGGAGGUCCCUCCCUGCCUCAACAGCACGGCUCAGACAAACUGGCUGAACAGAGGCGAUGUGAGGAAAGCUCUGCAAAUCCCAGACGUUCUGCCACCCUGGGACAUCUGCAGCGAUGUGGUUGAACAACAUUACACAAUCUUGUACAACACAAUGAAGGAGGUUUAUCUGAAGCUGCUCUCUCUGGGCCUGCGAGCACUUGUCUACAACGGAGACACGGACAUGGCCUGCAAUUUCCUGGGAGACCAGUGGUUUGUGGAGGAUCUCGGCUUUAAGGCCACCAGCAGUUACCAACACUGGAUUCAUGAUCACCAGAUUGCUGGUUUCCAUCAACAGUUUGGAAACAUAACUUUUCUGACAGUUAUGGGUGCAGGUCACAUGGUUCCUCAGUGGGCACCGGGUCCAGCUCUGCACAUGUUUCAGUCCUUCAUAACAAACGGACCCUACUGAGUCCUGGUGGAGACCGUAUUCUGCAAUCUACACUCAUCAAACUGUACUUUUUUUAAAUUUUGUCUCAGGGAGGAUGCAUUCAUUAUGCCAAAAGACUGUUGAAGCAAACUGACCUAUUCCUAGCAGCUGUUCACUACUAACAUUUGAGUGUUUUUUUUUUUUUGCUGUGGCAGGUUGGCAUAUCUGGUUGUGUGGUUCUAUUGCUUUGUUGGAUGAAUGGAAAUAAAUAUGCUGUUAGUUUGAUCGUCUGUCUCUUAUAAAAGGACUGACAAACUCAAACAAAGCUGUAAAGGGAAGAUGUAAUCCCCAACAUUUUACUAAAAAUAAACUAUAUGAAUGCUG